AUGGCUGCUUUAUGUUGGUCCCUGGUCGCUAUCCUCGAAAUCUUCGACGUCCUAGUCCGCAACAGUCAAGGGUUGUCGCUACAGGAGACAAACCUGGUCAAUCUGGCAAGAUACAUGCCGACUCUGGGGGUGAUUGCCCUCGCAUUUGGCUUCAAAGGCGUCAUCAGCGAUCUGAAAGUCGUGAGUCCAUGGUCAAGCAUGAGUGGUAGGUGGGCUACGGCUCAAGACUCGGUGCUGUUGGACUAUGUGAGCGGCAUUGAGUUCCAGUCUAUCUUGCUUGCCAUCCGGAAAGGGCACUGGGCUUUGGCCAUGGCCUUAGUUGUCGGCUUGUUGUUUGGUGCCCUGGUGCCUCUUGCAAACUCACUGACCUUCGUCAACGACUCGGCCGUCAGGAUCGUUUCAGCGCCCUUUCUGCAAACAUCCACGUUUGAUUUUGAUGCUACAUUGGCUUUGCCGAACGGAUCGCUGGCUCUGCCCCUGGACUACACCGGGCAAAAGCCGUACGCUGCCGUCGCUUCUGAACGGCUCGCCAACGGCGCGCCCUCUCCGUGGACCAGCGGCAAUUUCGCUUUUGAAGCCUUCUCUCCCACUGCAUACACGCCUUCACCGGGGACAACCAUCGCGGCUAACGUCACCGCCCUCUCGGCAGACCUGAAGUGCUUUUCUCUCAGGCACACUGCCCGUGACUUAGGCAAAUAUAACCUGACAGUACUCGAUGGGAACGAGGACGAUCUCAAAGCAGCGAAUUGCUAA